CCUACAUAGUAGAGCACUAUGCUCAGAAUGCCUACUGCGUGCCGAUACAUUAUUUUCUUUAAUAGGAGCCUUGAACUACACCAAGACGAAUUAUCUUUAACGAAGUAUUAUAUGAUGAACUCACUAACUAUUUCAAUGAUCUUAUUCUCAUUUUUGGCGGUUAAAUACCUACCUAACCUGGAUACAAACCCCACCGGCUACUACGUCGAUGGAGGUUCUAAAGGAGGCGCGGCUCAUCAUAACGGCAGUGGAAUAUCGUCAAGGAUGCAGCAUGCUUUAUAUUAGGCGGGAUGCCCCCUGAUGUUUUUGUUGCUCUCAAUCAGAAUCCGUUCUCAUAAUUUCGUUCCCUUCCAAUAUCAAUCCGCCCCAACACCUCGCUUCUAGUCUCGCGUAUAAUGCUUUCUCCUCAGAAAUUAUUAGGCUUAAGUGCCUUCAUAGCUGCUGCGAGAGCUGCCUUGCUUUCCGACUACUGCACACCUGCUUUUGCUGCAAGCGUAUUGCCAAUUCAGGACCUCGGACUAGGUGUCACUAUCGACGUCUCAUCGGUGUCAGCUAUCCUUGCAACUAACAAAUCAGUUAGCUCCGAAUGGUUUGGGACUUCUGUGAUCGACUACUGCAAUAUCACGUUCGCCUAUUCUCACGAUGGAAUUGUGAACGACGUCGUCCACGUGUCGUAUCUUGUCCCGCCACCAGACAAGUUCUUAAACCGAUACGUCUCUACUGGAGGAGGCGGGCUUGCUAUCAAUUCGGGGUCACGGUUCAGUCCUGUCGGCGUCAUUUCCGGUGCUGUGUCGGGCAUUACGGAUGGAGGUUUCGGCAACUUCGAUACUCAGUACGAUAAAGCAUUCCUCUUGGCGAAUAACACGGUCAAUUGGCAAGCAACAUAUAUGUUUGGAUAUCAGGCCCAUCACGAGCUUGCUACACUCGGGAAACAGUUUACCAGGAACUUGUUCAGCAUAUCCGAUAGCGAAAAGAUCUAUUCCUACUAUCAAGGGUGUUCCGAAGGUGGCCGUGAGGGAUGGAGCCAAAUUCAACGCUUCGCGGAUCAAUUUGACGGACUCGUAACUGGUGCACCUGCUUUCCGAUUCAGUCAUCUGCAGACGAAUCAUUUGUCAGGCGGGGUCAUAGAAAAGGCAAUCGGUUACUUUCCGCCCCCUUGCGAGCUUGAGAAAAUCGCCAGCUUAACAAUCGCUGCUUGUGAUAGCUUGGACGGUAAGGCAGAUGGCGUGGUUGCGCGGUCCGACCUCUGCAAGCUAAGCUUUGACUACAAUUCGACAAUAGGUCAGCCAUACUACUGUCCGGCAUCUAAUGGUGGAUUCCCGGGAGCUUCCCCGUCCGUGCGCCGGCGUCAGUUUCCGGGUCCCAGCCCUACGCCUGAACAGAAUGGUACCAUCACCGCCGAGGGCGCAGCAGUGGCUUCCGCGUUUACGAACGGCCUGAUAGACUCUAAGGGGAAACGCAUCUACAUAAACCCCCAACCUGGCUCUUCCCUCACGGACGCUACAACUCAAUUCAAUGAGGAUACAGGUGAAUGGGAGCCCAAUCUCUCGGGUUUGGGACCGCAGUGGAUAACACGCUAUCUGUGGCUCCAACAGAAAGAUUCGCUUGAUAGUCUCGAGAAUGUGACCGCCGAUACUCUGCGGGACUGGAUGGCAUUCGGUAUGCAAAAGUACCAGGACUCGCUUCAGACGACCUGGCCAGACCUAAAUCCCUUCAAGGCCGCCGGGGGUAAAGUCAUCCUUAUCCACGGAGAGGCGGAUUCUGCAAUCCCAGCUGGAUCUUCAAUUCAUUAUUACGACUCUGUUCGGAAUGCCAUGUACGACGACCUAAGUUACGACGAGAGCAUAUCCGCAAUGGAUGACUUUUACCGCCUAUAUAUCGUUCCUGGCGGAUCUCAUUGUGGAAGCAACCGAGAUCAACCAGGCGGUGGCUGGCCCGCAGCUACACUCCAAGCAGUUAUCGAAUGGGCCGAGAACGGAGUCGCCCCUGAUACACUCGACAACGCGGGGGAUAUUAAUGUCUUGUGCAAAUGGCCCCUCCGCCCGCUAUGGUCUAGUAAUGGAACUCAUUUCGAUUGCGUAUAUGACUCUGAAUCGACGGAGUCCUGGACUUAUACGUUUGAUGCCUUCAAAUACCCGAUCCAUUAGAAAAUUAGUGCCUUGCACCGUUCUAUAGCUAGAGUGCUGUACUUAUCUGGGUACCUAUAUUGAUAAAGACUACAAGCUCCGAUGGUCAUAUUCAUAGUAUCCAAUGUACUUGUAAUUUAGUAAAAAAUAACAUUGUAUACCAGCA